CAUAUAAAAGGCCUUGCUGAAGGAGAACUAGCAUGGCUUCCGCAAGGGAAAGUCUUGCCUCCCUAACCUUUUGGAGUCCUUUGAGAGUGUCAAUAGGCAUGUGGACAGAGGUGAUCCAGUUGACAUAGUAUACUUGGACUUCCAAAAAACCUUUUGACAGAGUUCCCCACCAAAGGCUCUUGAGCAAACUUAGCAGUUAUGGAAUAAGGGGACAGGUUCUUGUGUAGAUCGGUAACUAGUUGAAGGACAGGAAACCGAGAGUAGGAAUAAAUGGACAGUUUCCACAAUGGAGGUAGGUAGGACGUUGGGUCCCCCAGGAAUUGGUACUGGGACCAGUGCUCUUUAACUUGUUCAUAAAUGAUCUAGAAGUUGGGGUGACCAGCAAAGUGGCCAGUUUUUCAGAUGACACUAAACUAUUUAGGGUAGUGAAAUCCGCUAUGAAUUGUGAGGAACUCCAAAAAGAUCUCUUCAAACUGGACGCACGAUGGAUACAGCCAGCCAUAGUUUGAUCCUUCUGCAGCAGCUGAACAUGCAACGGGAGUUUGGUUUCCUCUGUGACUGCACAGUGGCAAUUGGAGACGUCUAUUUCAAAGCUCAUAGAGCUGUCCUGGCUGCUUUUUCAAACUAUUUUAAGAUGAUAUUCAUUCAUCAGACAAGCAGCGAAUGCAUAAAGAUUCAGCCGACCGACAUCCAGCCCGAUAUAUUCAGCUACUUGCUACAUAUAAUGUACACUGGGAAGGGUCCCAAACAGACUGUCAAUCAUAGCCGGCUGGAGGAAGGCAUCCGUUUCCUGCAUGCUGACUAUCUUUCCCACAUGGCAAUUGAAAUGAACCAGAUGCUUUCUCCAGAAGCCGUGCAGUCUUCAAACCUGUAUGGGAUCCAGAUCUCCACCACACACAAGCCUGCGAAGGAAAGCCUCCAAACGAAAGAAAGUCUAACGGGUCUCAGUAACAGAGCCACUAGUCAGGGUGACCACCCACAGCUUCAGCUCUCUCUGGCUAUUGGGCUUGAUGAUGGCUCCUUGGACCAGCAGAUUUCUCAUCCUUCUGUCCAGUCAGCUGUCAAGCCAACAGAGGAGCUCGCUAAGCCAUCUGUGACUAUAAAGCAGGAGAAGACAGAUCCAGAACCAGUGGUGUCUCAGAGCCACACCUCGUCCUCCCCAGAUGUCGGAGUUCCAACCUUUUCUAAAUCUAACCUUAAAGCCCAUCUGUGUCAGUACUGUGGGGAGCGUUUUGAAUCCCGGAGUAAUUUGCGGGAGCACCUGUUUACACACGUGUCCGGGUCGCUGCCGUUUGGUGUCCCGGCCUCAAUCCUGGAAAGCAAUGACCUUGGUCAGGUGCCGCCCCUUACCGAAAACCGCGGAGCUGCUGAAAGUCACCGGCUCGGCUCUUUCCUGCCAAAAGAAAAUGAGUGCUGGUCUGAACAUGCCACCCGCAGCAGCCUAGAGCCAUUGCCGAUUGGCCAGCUUUCUCUGGUUUCCAAAGAUUCCGAGCCCAUGGAGCUAAACUGCAAUUUUUCUUUUUCACGGAAAAGGAAGAUCAGCUGCACGGUAUGCGGUCACAAGUUUCUCCGCAAGAGCCAGUUGCUGGAGCACAUGUACACACACAAAGGCAAACACUUCAAAUAUGGCCGGUGCCAGCGGAUUGGCAGUGGGGCAGUUCCCAAGUUUCAGCCGUAUGGCAGCAGCUGGACUCAGAGCCCCAUCAAGAGUGCUGCCCUUACCCACGCUCUUGUAGAUUCUCAAAAUGUUUUAGAUCCUGACAUCUCGCAAGAAAACAUUGACACCAUACUGGUCGAAUAGCAUAUUCCUUUCCCUCCCUUAGGUCUUGUUUGUUCUUAGCUGUGAAUUCAUGCGUGUAUCUCUGUCUCUUCCACUAGUGCUGAAGAUGUGUGCUCUUUUGAAAUUGUGUGAUCUUCCGAAAUGUUGACAGCCCUGAUGUGUGUUACCUCAGUUGUUUGGCUGCUUCCCACACCACUUCAGUAGCAUAUGCAGGGUGGAGACCACUUCGGAGUCAAAAAUGACAUAGUUAAGUCCCACACUAGCUCCACUGAUCAAUAAAAUAGCCUUUUGAUUGACUAAAAAGAUACCCUGUUAAUUGAGCAGCAGAUUAAAACAUGACCUGUUGUGUUUUUUUAAAAAAAUAUUAGUACUUAUAACAAGUACUAGUGUUAAGAACUAGUAUUAAGUACUAAUUAAUACUUGCACAGAUUUGUCAUAGGCAUUCACUCUUUGCUCUUAAACUGGACAGAAAGCUUCUAAGCUGAUGCCUGCUACAACAUAGGUGGACAAUGAAAAAGACCUAGGAUAAAAAAAUAUGGUUUAAGACAGGGAUGCCCAACAGGGGGUUACAAGUACCCCUAGGUACUAGUAGGUUCCCAGGCGUCUCCUAAGAGCUACACAGAGGUCUCCCUCCAUACCAUGCUGCAGCUGUGCUAUUUGUUCCCUAUCUGAAGAUUGGAAGCUUUUAUUAUUUAUUUUAUUUUUAUAUUUGUACACCGACCCAAACUUGCAUCUCUGGGCGGCUUACAACAACAUAAAGCAGAUUAAAACCAAAAUUAACACAUUAAAACAAUUUAAAACCACAAUUUUAGUUAAAACGUUUGGGUGAAUAAAAGUCUUUUAAAACUUU